AUGUAUUUCUUAGAUUUUACUUUGGAUUUGUGGACUAGCGAUAUCAAGCAAGAAUUGAUUGUAAGAUUGUUUCCUACUGAUUUAUUGGUAUCACAUGCCUAUGAUAGUUAUAUCUAUAUCAUUAAUGAAGUGGAGAAAGCAAAGGUUGAUAAAAAAAUUAAUCAAAAUCUUUCAACUGUAUCAACAGCUGGCACUAGAAGAACUUUACAAAGAAUUAAGAAAGUUAAAACAGUUACAGAUUAA